CAAGUCACAGAUCCCAUAUCCCUUUUCUCAUGCUUCAGCAGUCAGGUAUCUUGACGGAAUAGUCUACUAACAACCCCGUUUCGUGCAGAGAUAUCUCGUCAAUGUGGCUACGUCGGCGAUUCACGACUGGGCUGCUGGCGAGGCCGUCAAAGCCUACGGAAUGACCAAGAACUCGGGUGUGCUCUUGCUACAGCAGCUUGCACGGGACACACCAGCCUCCAAGAUGCAGAUUGUCAGCUUCCACCCGGGGGCCAUAUUGAGCCCUGGCGCCAAGCAUGCAGGCCUAAAUGAACAAUCUCUCAACUGGGAUGACAGUGCGUACAGUCCUUGCUCUUUGACACAAGUUUUCUCCAGCUACGGCCUUCCUUGUCGGGUAGUCAAUACUAACCAUCCUUGCCAUCUAGUCAGCCUCCCCUCUUCUGUUGCCAUCUGGGCGGCUUCGGACGAAGCAGCGUUUUUGCAUGGCCGAUUCAUCUGGUCAGCAUGGGAUGUCGAAGAGCUGCAGAGUGGGCCCCUCCGAGAGCGCAUUGAGAAGGAUGAGCAGUUUCUGCGAAUCGGUGUGCAUGGUGUAUAACUGGAGUGACACUUCGUUGCACCUAGAUGAUUGAAUCGCCUAGCCGUUGUGUGCAGUACAAAGAUGUAGGAGUGGUAUAAGGCCAGGAGUCGGUCGAUACACUUGAAGAUAGCAGCAAACUAGAACCAGAGUAAUAGAGAACCAACCCCAUUCUAUCCGAACAUUCCUGCGUCAUGCAAGGGCCAGUCAGUCGGAGGCUUAUUGCAGCAGAAGUACUCACCUCGGACUCUCGGGCAUGUGUAAUCAAUGCCUCUCCUCUCCUCCAUCAAUACGGAGUAAAGCACUCCAUCAUCCGAGCUGACGAGGCACACCUCGCUAACAUUAGUUGGCAAUAAACAGCCUUCCCCAUUCAGCCAAUAUUCAGCUCUCCAAUAAUCCUCAACGCGACGAGCCGGUUCGGACCCUCGCGGCGAUCCACACAAGGCCCAUAAUAAAAGGCAUCUUUCAGCCAAGCGGCGCUCGGCUCCCGACGCCCGCCUAGCCGCCGACAGCCCGAAGGCGCACAAAAUGAACCGUCUGCCCGUCGAGAUGGCAUCAAAUUUCUUGCAGGAGCUUGUCCAGACGUCUCCAGUAGAUCCGUAACUCUGGUACGGCUUUCAUCCCCGG